UAACGCCUUCUUCAUUAGUGCUGGAAAAUGGACAUUAGUAUAUAACUUAUAACACAGUGCUGGAAGUCUAUUAGCAGAUCCAAGUUCAAGGAAGAAAAAUGUUUCCUUUGGUUCCUAAACAAGUUUCUCUGCUUCAAAGCAUAGAUCUAAUGAUUGAAAGUUGCUUAACCUUAAAAUAUAUUUUUCAAAUAAAAUGCGGUUAUCUGUUCUAGUUGGCGCAUUAGAAUGGCACAGGAAAAUAAGUAUUUAUUAAUUGGUUCACUGUACAAAUUAAACUACUAAAUAUUUUGUAAACAUGAUUCUUACAUGCAUUUUACUAACCGCAUGUAUAAAGCUGAUGCUAAUACCAGCGUACAGAUCCACUGAUUUUGAAGUUCAUCGGAACUGGUUAGCAAUAACAUACAGCUUGCCCAUUGACAAGUGGUAUUUUGAAAAUACUUCAGAAUGGACACUGGAUUAUCCACCAUUUUUUGCUUGGUUUGAGUAUCUGCUCUCAUUAGUUGCAGCUCUAUUUGAUAAAAAUAUGCUAGAUGUAUCCAAUAUAAACUACGCAUCGGAAAGGACAGUUUUAUUUCAAAGAUUAUCCGUUAUUGUUACAGAUUUAAUAUAUGCUUAUGGCACCUAUAGGUGCUGCCAUGUACUGCCAAAGGGGUGGCGAAGAGAUGUAGUUCUUCCUAUUUUGUUGCUCACAAAUUGUGGUUUGCUCAUGGUAGAUCACAUUCACUUUCAAUAUAAUGGAGUAAUGUAUGGCUUUUUAUUGUUAUCAAUUUCGUUUAUGUUGGAGGGAAAGUACUUAUGGUCUGCAUUUUGGUUCACUUUUUUGUUGAACAUGAAGCAUAUAUAUCUGUACUUGGCUCCAGCAUAUUUUGUUUACUUAUUACGACAUUAUUGUAUGGAUGUUCAAUUAGAUGGUCAGAUAAGAAAAAAUAUUACUUUUUCAAAACACAUUUUUAUAAACUUGGUGAAGCUAGGACUGGUUGUUGUAGGAGUAUUUAUUGCAUCCUUUUUGCCAUUUGCCAAACACAUUGGUCAGGUACUAAUUCGUCUGUUUCCAUUUAAAAGGGGUCUUUGUCAUGCAUAUUGGGCUCCAAAUAUUUGGGCACUAUAUAAUACUGGCGAUAAAAUUGCGACAGUGAUAUUAUCUAGUCUUGAUAUUCAAAUUAUCAAUAAGCCACAAGCUGUGAUGACAGGUGGACUGGUUCAAGAAUUUUCACAUUCCGUCCUUCCCAGCAUAGCACCUUUGACUACUAUGUUACUGACUUUAUUAUUUAUGUUGCCGGCUUUGUUAAAGUUGUUCUUCAUUAAUAAACAACCUGCCAAUUUUUUGAGGUGCCUUGUGCUCUGUGGAUUGACUUCAUUUAUAUUUGGUUGGCACGUCCAUGAAAAAGCCAUACUUAUGACCAUUGUACCAAUGAGCAUUCUUUCUGUGUCAGAAUUACCCGACGCAAAAGUUUUUCUCAUUUUGUCAACGGUAGGUCAUUAUUCACUGUUUCCCCUCCUCUUUCCAUCAUCUCUACUGCUGGUUAAAGUUCUAUUGUUACUUUUAUACUCUUCUUAUGCUUUCUACAGUUUGUAUAAAGUAUAUUCUUUGGCGAUAUGCAAGUACACCUUGCCGCUAUUGAAUAUGAUCGAGAGUGUUUACAUUUUAGGAUUGGGUGGUGUAUUUGUGUAUGAAAAUUUUGUACAUAAAUUAUUAGACAAUGACACAAGGUUGCCUUUUUUACCACUGAUGAUCACUUCUGUAUAUUGUGCAAUUGGAAUUAUGUAUUGCUGGGUCACCUAUUACUUAUUUUUUUUGAACAUAGGUAGAAGUAAUAUAAAAUAUAAAGCAAAUAAAGAAAACUAGUCGACAAUGUGUGGUUUCAUUGAUU